UUAUUGUAUUUGGCGGUAUCUCCAUCACUUCACCACUCACUCCAAAUUCCUGUACCUGACUCCUUUCCCUCUCCUCUCUUCUCCCCUUUUUCCCCUAUAAAAAAGCAAGUAACAAAGCAAUAGAACCAAAUUCUCUCCGUCGAAAACUCUACACAGAACCAUAAUACUAUAUCCGGAGUUUUCCACAACUUUCUAGAACAGUACCUGAAACAGUUACCCAUGGGAGAUUGUAGCAACGGCGAACGCUUACCGAGGUGCAACUCCGGCGCGGCUCCGUUCGACCCCCGGCGGUUCUCUAAGCAUAUCCAUGAUAAUGUUCAUGGCAACAUCUAUCUCGAUAGGCAAGCUCUGAAGUUCAUCGACACUGAACAAUUUCAGAGGCUUCGUGAAUUGAAGCAGCUAGGUACGCAUAUCCUUUAUUUCUUAUCAAGUUUCCCUCAAGGAGCAGGUCUUACAUGUAUGGUUUAUCCUGGGGCUGUGCACUCUCGGUUUGAGCAUUCCCUAGGGGUCUAUUGGCUGGCCAGUGAUGCUGUACAUAAACUUAAGACCUAUCAAGGACAGGAGCUUGGCAUCGAAUCUUUUGAUGUACAGACAGUGAAACUUGCUGGAUUACUACAUGAUGUGGGUCAUGGGCCAUUCAGUCACAUGUUUGAGCGUGAAUUUCUUCCUCGGGUUCGUGACGGCAUUAAAUGGUCCCAUGAAGAUAUGUCUUUGAAGAUGAUAGACUACAUUGUUGAUGAGCAUAGCAUUGAUAUUGAUUCUGGCACUUUGAAGAAAGUAAAGGAAAUGAUAGUUGCUUCUGAGGAAGGUAAAUCAGUGAGCUCAAAAGAGAAGCAGUUCUUGUAUGACAUUGUUGCUAAUGGGCGAAAUGGAAUAGAUGUUGACAAAUUUGAUUACAUAGAGCGUGAUACCAGAGCUUGUGGUCUUGGGUGCAAUUUUCAGUUCCAGAGGCUAAUGGAAACAAUGCGUGUUAUAGACAAUGAAAUAUGUUAUCGGGCGAAGGAAUAUCUUACAAUCCACAAGCUAUUUUCCACUCGUGCUGAUUUGCAUCGUACGGUCUAUACGCAUCCAAAAGUGAAGGCAAUAGAGCUCAUGGUUGUAGAUGCCUUGAUAAAAGCCAAUGACUAUCUUCAAAUUGAUUCACUCAUCAAUGAACCAGCUCAGUACUGGAUGUUAGAUGAUACAAUAGUCAAAACAAUUGAAACUUCUACCCAUCAAGAUCUAGAGGAAUCCAGAAAUCUGAUUCGUCGAAUUCGGAGGAGGGACAUAUACCAGUUUUGUAAUGAGUUUGCUGUGCCCAAGGAGAAUCUGGAGUAUUUUAAAAAUGUUACGGCUCAAGACAUAAUUUGUUCCCAGAAUUCUGAUGCUCAAUUGAAUGAGGAAGAUGUCAUUGUUACUAAUGUCAAAAUUGAUUUGACUAGUGGAAGGAAUAAUCCUUUGGAAAGGAUCAGCUUCUUCCAGGAUUAUGAUAGCUUUGAGAAAUCCCAUAUAAAGGAUGAUCGCAUCAGUCACUUGUUGCCUGCGUGUUACCAGGAUCUGAUUGUUAGAGUUUAUACAAGAGAUCCUAAACUGGUAGAAGCUGUUUCCAAUGCAUUUGAGAAUUUUCAGAUGAAGACUUAUGGGGAGAAAACGCAAGUGCAUGCAACUCCUGAAAAAAAGAAACGCCUGAAGUACAAGGAGAAAUGAAUGUCUAUAUAUCUGCUUCUGGCCAGAUGUACAUUUUGUGAAUACACAUCAACCAUAGAUUCUCACUUUCAUAUCGUAAUAUAGAUGUGCAGUCCAUGUGUAUGACUAAACUGAUAAGUAGUAUCUUUUUGGUUGAUCUUGAAAAGUUUAGAUGCAUAAAUCCCUUGCUACUUGAUAUUGCUAAUAUAGGUUCUGUAAUUGCACCGUUAGAACGGCGUUGGUCACAUAUAUGUAGGUGUGUUUGGUA